AUGAGAAGAGUCACCAUUCCACGGAAGAUCGAGGACCUAUCCAUCGCGUCACUCAUGGUACCUUUCGAGCGUGUCACGGAUGCGCGUCGGCUCGAUCGAGGUGCUCAGGUGGAACUCCUUGUGGGCGUUGCAGCGGCGACUACUGCUGAUGACCACAUUAACUUCGGAAACGAUGCCCAAAGUCUGCCUCUAGCUGGUCAGUUCGGUCAGCUGGUGUUUGCAACCACUGGAGAUGGGCACUUCCCAUCACAAGACAAGCUCGCCACAAGAAACACGUCAAUCACUGAAACCUUUCAUAAUGAUGGCAUCCAAUAUAGCAACGCUGGUCGAUACGACCAAUCAACAUCUUCCGUCAACUAUUCCUCGAGUAACCGAUCCCGGCCAAGUGUUGCCCCCGCAGUGGUAGAUCUAGGUGCUCUAGAUCCAGCUACGAACCAAAUGGUGGGCCAUGAAGAUUUUACGAAUGCGCAGAUGUCGAAUCAAUAUCCUGGUGAUUUUACAGAUCAAGCAGAAUCCUAUGACUAUCCCACCUUCGAUGAACCCUUGAACUGGAUACCACCAAGUAUCUAUCCGUCCCCGUACGACGCUGAGCUUGAACAAGACUUUUCCUUCAUUUUGCCAACCCUGAGCGACACGCCUGAUCUUGGGCAGGAUUUUACUUUGGCCUUGCCCAUCGACGGAGGUGCACAAUUUUACCAUGUUGCUCCCAAUGCGCCCCUCGAAACGGCGCGUUCUCAUGAGCUUGUCCCCGCAGCUCUGGGCCCAGAGCAGAGUCCCGCUUCCUCCACGAGCGACAACGCAAUGUUUGGGAACAAAUCUACGCAUUCAAUCUCACAUAUUUCUGACCCUAAGCGAAAAAAGCGAAAGCCUUCAUUGAUCCCAGAUAUAUUUUCUGCACCCCGGGUAAAGCGAACCACAUACUCGUUUCCCGAGAAUUCAGACGACCUUGGAGCGGCUUCUUCUUCUAGUUCUCCAGAUUACUGCACUCAGGACAUAUACAAAACUAUCGCGAGCUCCUUUCAAGCUCUUUGCCUGCAGGAGUCGUUCGCACACAGGGGCUUCGAGACAUCGACAUUUCCCAGCAUUGGCGAUCUCAAUUACUGCCUUGCUCUUUAUUUCGAGUAUUUUCAUCCCACUUACCCUUUAAUUCACCUUGCAACUUUUGGAUGGCAAACACAUUGGCUCGUAAUCCUUGCUGUCGCCACAAUCGGCAGCAACUUUAUCAAAUCACAGCGUACUGUUGAUCUCAGAGACGCAUUCCAGGAGUUCUUACGCCGAGCGGUUUACCAACACGCUGAAAGUGCUCCGGAUGGCUCAAUAGACAUUCCCUUGGCACAGGCUCGCAUUCUGAAUCUGAUAGGUCUGAUCCAAGCGGAUCGAGAGCAAUUGAGAGCCCUCGCACCUCGUUACCACGCAGAUCUGUCGCGUUGGUGUCUCGAGUCAGGAGUUCUGCAAAUGACGGAGAAUUUUAACCUUCCUGAUGCCAUGAUGGAGCCCAGUGAGCGAGAGAGUCCUACGGAGAUAUGGGAGAAUUGGAUAAGAUUGGAGUCGCUUCGAAGGAUAGGAUAUAUGUCGUGGAUGCUCGAUUGCUGUCUUGGGUAUAUGGCGAAUGCGAGACCGUUGUGCAAUAUGGAUGAUGCAAGAACACCAAUGCCUUGUUCUGAAGUGCUUUGGGACGCCUUCACAGCAGAUACUUGGUAUGGAGUGUUCCAAAAGACUCCUCAAACACCAAGCCUCUGUGUAGGUCUUGAAACACUAUACAGCAAGAAGAAAGUCGACCCAACUUACAGCGACCUCUCCCACAUAUUACUGAUCCAUACACUCUAUCAGCGGACCUGGGAGGUUGGCACACACAUAAAACAACCCUUGUCUGAAUGGGUUCCAACUGGAAAAGCCAGAGGAUUCCUCAAUACGCCUACCAAAGAUAACUUUUGGCUUCCUUUGUACCCGCUCUACGCAAAUUGGCGCAACAGUGCUUGUGACUGUCUUGACGUCAUACAUUGGCAAGCAUCCAGUACCGUCGCAAAGGCUUCCGGAAUUGAGCAUGGCGUGGUGUUGCACCUACACCUGGCACGGAUUGUGCUUCUGACCCCUUUCCAGGAAAUCCAGGAUCUCCUGUUCUGCUUGAUCGGCAAAGUCGACAACUCGUCCAAGGCGUCUUUCUACGUCCAUGAUGGCAGCUAUCAGCCUCGCAAUAGUACCAAAUUGCCCCAGAUUCGGAAGAUCAUUUGGCGGUGGCUACGUGAGGAUCAGCACAAAGCACGCUUGGCGAUGGUUCACGCAGGCUCAGUCUUUUGGUACGUUCGGCGAUACUAUUCGGCAAGCUUUUACGAACCCAUUUCAGUCUACUUGGCGUCGUUGGUGCUUUGGACAUACGGGUCAUAUCAAAACGCUGCUCUUGAGCGUGACGCAGCGAUAGCCUUGCAACGACCAGAGGGAGGACCCAGCGGCCCAGAUGCCGGGGCCACGGUGCAGUCCACUCGGAUGGAGAGGAAGGAGCACCCUGUGAAAUUCAUCGCCAAAGCGGCUGCGAACGUUGAGAACCCUCCUGUUGCGGUAGACACCAACAGGACUACCUCUACAGAUUCAAUGGGAAAGGACAACCUGACGUCUCCAGGUGCUGCAGAUCGAGAUGCACGAGGUCCAUCUCAAUCUUCAGCACAGCAAGCAGCCGAUUCCGAUAGCGAAGACAACUUCUCGUCUUCUGAUGAGCAACCCGAAUUCAUCCAUCUAGAUCGACCAUGUGACGAUGAGAUAGUCCACCAUUUUGUACGCAAUGGUCAUAACAUGUCAGGGCAUAUGAGCAAUGUUGGAGACAUCUGCAAGGCACCCCACAAAGUUUUACUGGAAGGUGCUAAACUUUUGCGGACACGACUUCCAUGCUGGGGUGUCAGCAGGGAAUAUUAUGACAUUCUGAACAAAUUGGCCGAGUUGCGAAAAGCCGGCUGA